AUGACCACCUCACCACCAGCAAAAACCUUCACAGGCUGGGUCGCCCACGACGCCACAAACCCCCUCACCUACACAAGCUUCACCCCGAAACCUUUCACGCCCACCGACAUCGAAAUCCGAGUCACCCACUGCGGGAUCUGCGGCACAGACGUCCACACCCUCCGCUCGGGCUGGGGCCCAACCAACUACCCCUGCGUCGUGGGCCACGAAAUCAUCGGGAUAGUCGAACGCAUCGGUACCGAAGUCCCAACCCUCCGCACCUCCCCGGCCUCAGCCUCCAUCCGCGUCGGCGACCAGGUCGGCAUCGGCGCGCAAAGCGGCGCCUGUCUGCGGCCCGAGUGCGAAGCCUGCGCCGACGGCGAAGAGAGUUACUGCACCCGCAUGACGGGCACGUAUAACGGGCGUUAUCCGGAUAAGAGCAAGUCGUACGGCGGAUUUGCAGCGCGGUGGCGAGGACCGGCGCAUUUCGUGUUCAAGAUUCCCGAUGCGUUGCCCAGUGCCGAGGCUGCGCCUUUGCUGUGCGGUGGUGUAACUGUCUUCGCGCCUUUGCGAAAGUACGGCGCCGGGCCGGGUAAGACCGUUGGUAUCAUCGGUAUUGGGGGGUUGGGCCAUUUGGGCGUUCUCUUUGCGAAAGCGCUUGGUGCGGAGCGGGUCGUUGCCAUUUCGCGGUCUUCGAGUAAGAAGGCGGAUGCGGUGGAGGGACUCGGUGCGGAUGCGUUUAUUGCUACGGGGGAGGAGGAGGGGUGGGCGAAGACUCACUCGCGAAGCAUUGAUAUUCUACUUUCGACGGUUUCCGGUCCUGGGAUGCCGUUGGGUCAGUAUUUGCGAUUGUUGAAGCGGGAUGGUGUGUUUGUGCAGGUUGGAGCGCCGGAGGAUGCGUUGCCGCCUUUGAUGGCGUUCUCGUUGAUUCAGAAGAGUGUUAAGGUGACUGGGUCGAAUAUUGGGUCGCCGGAGGAUAUUCGCCAGAUGUUGGCGCUGGCGGCGGAGAAGCGGGUUUUGCCGUGGAUUCAGAAGAGGCCGAUGGAGGAUGUUAAUGCGGCGUUGAAGGAUAUGCAUGAUGGGAAGGCGAGGUAUCGGUACGUUUUGGAGAAUAAGGAUGGAGAGGCGCAAGCGAAACUGUAA